AUGUUCUUCAACCACCUCUCGUCCCGCAACGACCCGCUGCACAAAGCCCACAAGGAGAAGAUCACGCCGAAGGCCGAGUGCACCGACGCCAUCGCCAAGGCACUGCAGCACGCGGCGCCGGGCACACCGGGCGCCAACCUGACCCACGCUGGCAACCGUGGCGUCUCGGCUGCCACUCGCGCCCGGCGGCUCGCGUGGGCGCCCGCCGUCCCGGGCGCCGCUGCGUGCUCUGCUGCUGCUGUUGCCGCCCUCCGCAACGCCACCGGCGUCUCGCUCGCUUGGAACUCCCCCUCGGGGGUGGCCGACACGAUCAAUCUCAACACCACGCCCGCCGCAGACUACGAUCUCUCCAUCUGCGACAGCGUCUCGAUCGAGUGCCUCAAGCGUCUCCACCUGCAGAGCCAGGACUUCCCCGACAACAAGGAGUACCGUGCAAAGAUCCGCUCAGUGCUCGAGUUCGGGAUGAAGGCCUUCGGCGGCAACCCCAACGCGCCCGGCACCGAAGACGGCGCCCGAGGUGCCAUCUUCGUCGUCGCGUCGACGAUCCUCGUCACCUGCCGGCCGAGCGGCUCGCCGCGCUACACGACCGACCAGAUGGUGCUGCUCGAGCUGCUCAGGAGUCGUGAACGUGGCGCGAUGGGCAUGGGCAGUGGCGGCGGCACGCGGCCCGGUAAAAAGAUUGGCGUCUGGGGCAUGGUGGUCGUCGGCUUCUUCUGGGUGCACGGCGGCAUUUACGGCAACGAGGCGAUGCUGAUGGCGGGCCCGCCGCUCUACGUCUUCAUCAUGCUCGGCGUCGUGCCCUUCGUCUACUCCCUCCCCAUCGCGCUCAUCGUCGCCGAGCUCUCCACCGCCUUCCCGGAGGACGGGGGAUACGUGGCGUGCGGUCGGGUGGUCGGCUCUCACCACGCCUACUGGGUGUGGGUCAUCUACGUGGUGGACGCGGCUAUCUACCCCGUCCUCGUCGCGCAGUACGUCGACACGAUGGUCCCGAUGAGCGAGUUCCGGCGGGGCAUCCUCUCCACCGCUCUGGUCGGGAUGGUCACUGGCAUCAACCUGCUCGGCACAGACAUGAUGGUCAAGUUUAACACCCUGCUGGCGGCCGUCUCGCUCGCUCCGACGGUGCUCUUUGUGGCAAUCGGCAUGCCCAGGCUCGAGCCGGAGAGGACGCUGCCUUGCGAGCUCGACUCUUCGCUGCUUGUCUCGUGGAUCCUCUGGCUGUACUGCGGCUUCUUCUCGCUCGGCGCCGCGCUCGCCCGGCGAGCUAGAGAGACCGCGAGGUGCGGCAUCCUCUUCCCCGCCGUGCUGCUGCUGAACACGCUGCCCCUCGCCGUCGCCCUCUCCCUCGACGACGCCGGCUACUUCAACGUGCUCGCGCGCCGGCUGGCGGGCCGGUGGCUGGACUACGGGUUCCAGCUGGGCGCAAACGUGUGCCUGAUCGGCCUGCACUGCUUGUACAAUGCCGCCGCCCUGACCGCCGAGCGGUCGCUCGCCUUUCUGGUGGCGUCCCACUUCACCGGCGAGAUGAACGCUGUCGUCGAGAGGCGGCGCCGCAGCGGGAGGAGGGCCGACGCGAUGUUGGUGUGGCUGCUGGCGGCGAGCGAGACGGGCGUCGCGCCCGUGUACAUCCUCUUCAACGCCGCCGUCGCCGCGUCCCUUGUUUGGGCGCCGUACACGCGGCUCGUCGAGUUCUCGAUGCUGCUCUCCGUCCCUUCCAUCCUCCUCUUCAUGUGGUCCUUCGUCGCGCUGAGGAUGAAGCAGCCGGAGUCGCUGCGCGCGCGGCCCUUCCGCAUUCCGGGCGGGCUCUAUACUACUAGCCGAUUCUUAGUAAUUAAUGGCAUUAUUACCAAGAGUGCACGCGCUCGUGGUGCUGCUGUGCACGCGCUCGUGGUGCACGCGCUCGUGGUGCUGCUGUCUGCGCGGAGGCGGAGGCGGGUGGAGGCGAAGGCGCGGACGCAGGGCGCGUCGCUGGGGUCGCUGCCUCGCUCCCCGGGGUGGGAGGAGGCGGAGGAGGCGGCGGACUCGCGCGGGCCUUCGGCGGGUCUCAUCUCGUCGAAGUUGAGACUCAACGACGGGUCGAUCGACGAGACGACCGCGCUCAACGGAGGCGAGCCUUGCGUCGACUCGCGGCGCGGGGGGGCGUACCGCACUCCCUCCCUCCGGAGGCCAGGCAGCGGCGGCCGGAACAGCGGCGGCCCCCUUGCAGACACGAUCUCGCGGCUCGUGCCCCUAAUUAAUAGCUAA